AUGUUUCACACUAUAAAAUUCGCCCACGAAGGGAGGAUGAUCCCGGCAAUCUUCUACCCGCCAGGCGGGCCUCGCUGCCGAGCCAUUAUUUUAUACAUAUGGACCGCACGAACGUGAUGAAAUCCGGCGUGGUUAGUUGUAUAUCAAACAGUUCCACGUUGUUUGCUACCUUCGUUCUUUUACCUCGCAUCCACACUUCUUUCGUUCACCGCGUUUCAAAUUCGCUCGACAUAGGCUUCGUCCGUCUGCCACCUUGGAGGGAUAUUCGUUCAUUCAUUCUCACCGUCACUCUUUUUCGAGGUUCCAUUCCCGCCUCUCGUUCUAUAAUCUCCAAGCCAUCAACAUGUUAGCGAAGCAGCAGAUCCUCCUCGCCGCCCUCGUCGCGCAGGCCGCCGCCCAGUACCCGACCUGCGUCACGAGCUGCGUGCGCCAGUCCGGGUGCGCGCCCACCGACGUGGACUGCAUGUGCAAGAAGGCGUCCGGCACCUUCCUGUCCGACGUCGUCAUCUGCAUGAACCAGUGGUGCGACGCCAGCACCAAGUUCUCCGACCUGCUCGGGCCCAUGCAGGCCAAGUGCGACGUGCCGCAGUCCGCCAUCUCGGCCGCCGAGGCCAAGGCCGGCUUCGACACCGGCUCAGACUCGACCCCCUCCGCUACCUCGAAGGCCAGCUCCACGGGUUCGGAAUCGUCCCCCUCGGUGUCCAUGAUUAUGAGCGUCGGCGAGCCUAACAAGAUCGACGGGUCUACCUCCGCGCCUCAGGUCACCGGUAGCGCCACCAAGGCUAGUAGCCCGUCGAGCGCCGUGUACUCGGACUCGACGGCCGUUAUUACGGCGACCUCUCAUGCUUCGGAGUCCCUCCUCGUCGCGGCUACCACUCUCACCUCCGCCGCCAGCGCAACCAGCACCUCCACCUCCGAGGACUCUAAUGAUGGCUCUGGCUCGUCCGACGGUAGCCCAGCCGGUGGUCACACUGGUGACAGCAGCGCCACUGCGAGCCAGGCCUCUCUACUCGCUGCCGUACUGGCCGUUGGUGCCGCUAUUUCCUUCGGCUGGUAAACACCAUCUCUGCCCCCUAUCUCCACCUAUCUCCCCCUUGUGUAUUUAUUGGGGAGGUCUAAGCUUUAAUUUUCUAUCUGUAUGUAUUGGGAGGAGUCUGUACGCUGUAUAAUGGAUACUGGAUGAACGUCUGGAAUCACGACGGGCACUGUCGUACCGGUUGUUGGACGAAUCACAAGCUAGAGUCGAGACAGGAUGUGGUAAGGAUGAGGCGAAGGGAAGUAAUGCGUAUAGACGUUUACACCG